AUGAGAAAUGUGAUGAGUUUCAUUCAACUGAUUGUGUUGUUUCUGCCGUUUACGUUAUCUGCAAGUCCAAAUUGGAUGUAUUUAGGUAUAAUAGGAAUACCACCACCUCUUCAACAACAACAAGCAUCACCAGGCUCAGAGAUCGAGGAUCCCGAAGUAGUUCAAGCCAGAGCUGUUUGUAGUGCUUUACCUGGGUUAGCAUCAAAACAAGUGGAUGUGUGCAUGAAACAUCCAAAUGCUAUAUACUCAGUUUCCGAUGGAGCUAAAAAAGCCAUCGAACAGUGUCAACUUCAAUUUCGUCAUGAACGAUGGAAUUGUUCAGUUAUGGAAAAUGAACAAAGUGUAUUCGGUCCUACACUGGACAAAGGUAGUAAAGAGACUGCUUUCAUAUAUGCUAUCACCAGUGCAGGAGUAGUGUAUUCAAUUACAAACGCAUGUAGUUCUGGUAGAUUAACUGAAUGCAGUUGCGACUCUAUGCAACAUGGUCAAACAACACCUGAAGGAUGGAAAUGGGGAGGUUGCAGUGAUAAUUUGCGUUUUGGAUUGCAAUUCUCUCGAAAAUUUGUUGAUGGUUCUGAACCCAAUCGCCCAGAUAAUUUCAAAACCACAAAACAGAAGAGAAUCUGGUCCAAUCGCCUCAAAAUGAACUUGCACAACAAUGAAGUAGGCAGACAGAUUGUAAUGUCAUUAAUGAAAAUGCAUUGUCGUUGUCAUGGUGUGUCAGGAUCAUGUGAACUAAAAACCUGUUGGAAAUUUAUGCCAUCAUUCAAUGAGAUUGGCAAUGAACUUAAACAAAAAUAUGGAAAGGCUAUUCUUAUAAAUCAUGCUGCUAACGAUUCACAAAAGAAAAAUAGUACAAUACACAAGAAGAGAGAGCCCAGAGCUUUAAAGAGACUAAAAAGACGAAUGUUAAUUGAAUCAAAAGAAUUGGUGCAUAUACAAAAGUCUCCGAACUAUUGUAAGCAAGACUUUGAAAACGGAGUACUUGGUACAGAAGGGCGUAAAUGCAAUAUUACAUCAACUGGACCAGAUUCUUGUAAUAAGCUGUGUUGUGGUCGUGGUUAUAUCACCAAGGUUGUGAAGGAAGAGGAACACUGCAAUUGCAAAUUUGUUUGGUGCUGUUACGUUAAAUGCGAUAUAUGCUACAAAAACAUUGAACAAAAAUCUUGUAAAUAA